AUGGGGUGCAGUUGAGGCGUUACUGGGGCAACAAUAUGGCAACAAACACUUCAUUUACGAUUAAACUUUAAGAUUAAAAGCUGACUUGAAUAAAGAGUAAACUGUAGAGAGAAAGGAAACUUGUUUUCGAGGUGGAACAUAUGGACUAUGUUAAAACAUAGGGCUCAUCAGAUCAGUUUUGUUGUACGAACUUAGCAGAUAAUGUCAAUUGAUUUGCUGCGUUAUUGCAUUUAUUCAUUAAUACAGUUUAAUAUUGUAUUUGUUAUUAUUAUCAACUAGUACGCCCGGUUGCCGCGUUGUUUGCUCUUCAUCACGUAUGCUUAGAAAUAUUGUCUACAUAUUAUUAACUAAGACACGUUCCGUCAGCAGUAGCAGAAGGCCAUUUUAACGUCCGCUUUUCGCGUACCUCCGUAUGGCAUUAUUGUUGUUGUUGUUGUCUUACUCAUUAUGUGUGUGUAUGUGCGUCUUAUUAGCUUGCACUGGAUAGACUGAUGAAAGUGGCUGCAUGUUUCUAAAAAUAGAAUUAUUAUAACAACGGUAUUUUCACGGGCGGAUAAUUGUUGUGAUUCAACCUUCCAGCGUCGUCGGCGCUGUUUCACGGUCAUGUCGGUUUGUAUAGUCUAGAAAUCACUUAAUUCACUUCUCGCACGCAAAAUGCUGCUCUCGUCGCUUCAUUCAGAUGUUCCGGAGCCAACGUAGCUACGCCCCUUGUUCUCCUUAUGCGUCCUCUCCGCAUCUUCAGGCCUCCGUGUAGAGGCGGUAUUUCGAGUUCAAUCCGACAACUCGAUUAAGUCAGCGUUAAAGAAGCUGGCGUUUGAUGGAGUCGUGUAUAACUGGGAUGAGUUUUCGGUAGGCUAAUUUGUGAGCUGCAGUUGUUUACCUCGAUGAUAACCCUGUCCACCAAUUCAGAGAUGGGUUCAAAGAAUAUUCAGACAACUUUAAUCUCCAAUUCAGCUCCGCCGUGCGGUUUCGCGCUUGGGGAGAUUUUUGGAAGAAGUAAAUCAAAGGAGGCUUUCGAGUCGCAGUGUUCAAGUGAGAAAAUCGUACAGUUUUUUAAAUGCAGCCGAAGAUUGUGCGACUUCACCUGUGACGACAAAGAAAGAUUCUACUUUCAUCUUCUCACACACAACGAAGAUGAAGAGCAAGAUGUGUGUGUUUAUUGUGAACGAAUGUUUGUCAUUGAAAACCUCGCCCGUCAUAUGGAAGCUCAGCAUGGGAAUCGUCGCUUUCAAUGUAAAAUGUGUUUUUACCGCGGAUGCACAAGAGCGCAUCUUAUUGUCCAUUGUGUUAAGCAGCAUAACUUACAAUUCGUGACUGGUAUAGCAUGCCCGCGAAUGCCCGGGGCCCUUAUGCCAGACGUUAAAGCUCGUGCAAGGACUCUAUUAUAUAGAUGCUCAUUGUGCACGUUCCGUUCAUUUGGGCGUGACGAUUUCGAGCGUCAUCUCUCUACGGCGCAUCCGGAGACGACGGCAGUGGAUCACUCUGCUGAGAAUGGCUUUCGGCAGGCAGCGGAUAGGCGAUCGCCUGGGUCCGCUCGUCUUUACUGUGUCUAUUGCCAUUCAGUGGGCGAACAAAAGUCGCCACCUGACGCCCGCUUUUACUCUGCCAACGAACUGAUUAUACACCUGGACGAGGAGCAUCGGCUAGGAAAUCGUCUAACAUGUCUUUACUGUGGGGAAGCUCUUCAAACUGAAAAUGCUCUUAGUCACAUGACGGAAUUACACAGCGAUUGGCCGAUCAAUAUACUUGAUAGAAAUACAAAGUCCGGUAGCCGUAUCUGGAGCGUGGGAAACGCCCAGUGUCAGAUAGCUACGGCCUCCCAUGAAAUAAACACAUCCCCCAAGAAAUAUUCAGCUGCCCCUCGAAGCGUUCAGGAAAAGAGACAACGAAAGUUGAGUAGCGGUAUUACCGCAACGACGGCGCCCCCUCUAAUACAAGCAGGAGUCGGAGGUCCGGUGACUGCCAUGUCUUCCGUUGGAGGUGAACUCCUCUCGCGGCCUUCAACAAGCUCAUCGGCUACUUUUGAGCGCAUAGAAAAGCUCUCCCCAAAGCCUCGAAGCAUUUUGAAGAAGAAAGCAUUGUCGUUAUCUGCAAACGCGUUUUCUGCCGCUCCAGAUUUAAUCCUGGAACUCCCACAGGUGCUCCGAUGCGCCUCUUGCACAGAUCCGGGAGCUACCAUUGACUACCUAAGCCAGGAAGCGUUAGCGCUGCAUAUGCGUCACAAACAUAAUGUCUAUUACAUUUGUCAACGUUGUUUUCAUGGCGAGGAAAAGUUCCGCCUUAUUCAAGCGCACGUCGCCCAGUGUGACGGUGCGACCGAACUCGAUAUAGUAACGUUGAAAAAUGGUGUCCUUAAGACGUCAUCGAAGGUACGGUCAACGCAAAAGGAACGGCAGCAACACGCCGCUGCUGCCGUCAGCGUUUCACAUAAUCAGAACAACCGAGUGACCAGCCAAUCUGAGAACCGCUGUGCGCAAGCACAAUCUGUGGUAGCAGCAGGGCGAGACGCGGCAAAGGGUGCAGGAUCAUCUCGAGAUAUGUACGUUCUAUUGAACGAUAUUCCCAAGGGCCCUUUUACGUCGCCGGAGGAUGUAGGAAACAACAGUAUUAAUGGCAGCAGCGGUAGUGUGACUUCCAAGACAAUACAUACACAUCGAGUAUCUUCGGCACAUACUCAAAGCGAUACAGAAACAUGUGACGACGCGGACACAACUGCCAGUGCAAUUAGAACACACGAUAGUACUGUGAGCUUAAAUCGAAAACGCGAUCGAGGAGCUACACCCUGGGCGAGCCGCGGGCGAUCUUCCGAAUCGGUGGCCAAUAAUAACUUGGUUGUGAUCUAUCAAGAUGCGCGGAUUUCGCUAAGCAGGUUCGAACAGUUAGCUGGACGUAGCUAUACGCUUGUCAAAAGGUUGUGUCCGAAAGAACUGGGGAGAUGGGGAAUAAUUUAAUAGGGGUUGGAUAGGGAUUUUGGCGAAUAAGAACAUGACCUAUUUACUUAUUUACCCAAUACAAUUAAUUGUGUGUACGUAUCGAAUGUGUAAGUGCGUUUUUCAACAUCUGGCUCGUGAAAGGCGACUGGGCACAUAUUGGGCCCAAGUUUACGACGCUAAUUCCAGUGUAACAGUUUGUAAGAUGUCUCCUGCGUUUAACAGUCGGCAUAACCGAAAAAAUUUUUACAAAUAAUUUGCUAUCUUUGGUCGUAUGUUACCGUUUCGAUCUCCACCAUUCAUCUAUUAACUUCCAUAAAUAAGAUAAAUAGUUGUGUCAAGGGAGGAAGCUUAGCUGUUUGUUUAGCUUUAUGGCUAUAUACCUCAGAAACGCGUUAGGAAAAAACUUUGAACGUGAUUGUUAUUUUGCCAUUGUCGGUCACAAUCCUACUGCGUUUGUAAUAUACAGUCACCACUUCAAUCAUUUUUAUGUACAAAUAUUGUAAUGCGUAUGUUUGGUGUCUCUCUACGUAUAAGUGGUCGAUAUAAGAUUGUGGAUGACCAUAUCAUCGAUUUAUCUUUAUUUACCUGUGCAAUUGUUGUAACUUUCAAGGUUUUAAGUGUAGCUACGGUAAUGAAAUAAAACGUACUGUAUGCUUUCUGAAAGCGAUAAGUGUGAUGUUACUCCCCUCAUAGUAUUGAUAGGCUCGUGAAAAAUCUACGUUCUAAGUAUUUGGAUGGCUUAGUAAAUCGGAUUUUUCUGCUUCGAUGGGAUUAUUACGGUAGCUGCCAGAAAUAAUGUGUAUACAACUUUUUUUUAUUUUGUGUCUAGUUCCAUAGUCGAGAAGUACGAUUUGUUGUGCCCUGAGUCAGAGGUGAUAUCAAUAGCACGCGUGCCUUUUGUCGGCCAAUGGCCAACCCGCACUACCUGUCCGUUGUCGACAGGGCAAAAAUCCAAUAACCAAUGUUUACAGAUUUUAUAUUUAAUAAUCUCUUUCAUCUCCGUUUUCUACGAUGAGAAUGUUUCCAUAUGUGCAUUGAAUCCGGUAAAAGUCAUUUUGAAACCGAGUGCUUUAUUGGGACAGUUGAGGCGAAUGUAACUAGCGCAGAGCCAAAUUCUAUCUACAUUUCUUUUCUGCCUGUAAUGCGUUCGAUUAUGCAACGUAAUAAGGA